CGUGACCAGGAGUCGACGUGUGCAGAAGUCCUGCUAGUCUGGUCCUUGUUCCCGUCUGGGUACCAGGUUUCCUUUAGCAGUGCAGACGGCGGAGCCUGACGCCAGGGGAAAGAGGAGUCAACUUGUCGGAAUUUUGCAGCAGGUCAGCAAGUCUGUCGUUCCUAGCACCACACAAGGCUAGAAAAGGGGAGGAAGAAAGCGAUCGGAUCAGUACAAGUAGGAGUAAUUGUAUUCAGGGAGGAAUAAAGCAGGAAAAAAAGAAAGGAAGAGAAAAGGAAAAAAGGAAGGAAGAGAGACUCACAAGAUGAAACCCUGUCAAAAAAUUGAAGGAAAACCAGAAAAUGAGAGUGAACCAACGCUUGAGGAAGAGCCAAAGCCUGAGGAAAAGCCAGAGGAGGAAGAAGAGCCAGAGGAGGAGGAAAAAACAGAAGGAACUUUUAGGGAAAGGCUGAUUCAGUCUCUCCAGGAAUUUAAAGAAGAUAUACACAACAGGCAUUUAAGCAAGGAGGAUAUGUUUAGAGAAGUGAAUGAAAUAGACGAGAUAAGGAGAGUAAGAAACAAACUUAUAGUCAUGCGUUGGAAGGUUAACCGAAACCAUCCUUAUCCCUAUUUGAUGUAGUUUGCCUUGAUUUUAAUUUUUUUCUGAUAAUAACAUUGUCAUAGAGCUUUCUUUUGAUUUACAUUUUCCUGAUGUACCUUUGUGCAUCUUUCUACUUUUAACUCGUUGCUAUUAGUGAUUUUAGAUGCAUCUGUUGUUAAUCUUCAUCUCAUUGUUUAUCAUAUUUUGAACCAAUAUACAAGUCUCUGUCUUUUAAUAGGAGAGCUUCACUCAUUUGUACAAAAAGAGGUUCCUGACAGGAUAUAAAAUGAAAAAAGGUUACUAAGUAAUAUGUGAAUACCAUAUUUUUGAAAGGAAGAUUACAUUUGUAUAUUACAUAUAUGCACAAAGAAACGUGUGAAGGAUGAAAGACAAAUAGUCAGUGGUAGGAUUAUGAGUAAUUUUUUUAUUCUGCUUAUUUGUAUUUUUUCUUAUUCCUAGAAUGUAUACACAUUAUUGUUAAAGUAAUAAAAGUUUUAUAACAAAAAAGAAGUAAUCUACAGCACUUAAUCAAUUUCUUUCUAAAGGAACUGGGGGCGACUUAAUAUUUGUUGACAGAAUUUUAGAAGCAAAUGUGAACUCCAAGUUACCACAAGACCAC